AUGGAUUCGCUCAGAAACCGUCAUAGCAAACUUGGUGUCUCGCUUUACGUUCGCCCCUUCUGGCCAGACGAUAUCGUGGGUGGACGCCGUCGUGACUUCUCCCACUGUCGAACGUGGCGGAAGACCCAUGCUGCCGCUUCGCGUUUCACCCGUCGACUACAAGGAAGUGUGACGGCGCCGUGUCUCUACAAACGUGCCAUUGAGCGCGUCGCAAGAAUGGCCCAUUGGGGGCGUUUGAACCAAUGCACGUCGACGGACUGGCGAUAA